AUGACUAUCUUCAAUCCAGACGUGUGCCUGACGGCAAGCACAAGAGACAAUGAACCAUCGCAAAGCACGAACAUUUGUGUAUUUCCAAAGCUAAACCAUCGGCCCGUGAAACGUGAACAUGAAAAGACCGGCUUUGUGGAGUUAAAGCCAUUGGACCUUCAUCAGAGAAACGUCUGUUUAAAGUCAACCCUCAAAAUAGCCUGGUCGAUUCUGCUUGCGAGGUAUACAGAUACCAAUCCUGUUGCCUUUCGUACUGUUACCAGGUACCAGAGCAACGAUAUUCUUGGUAUUGGAUGCAGACGUUCGGAUACCCCCUCCUGUUUCGAGCAAUGGGUUGCCUCCAUCGAUGAGCAAAAACAAGGAUUUCUCGCGGUCUCUCUGACUCAAAUCGAGGAUUCAGGGUAUAAUGCGAGCUUCAACACCGGUCUUCUCUUUGGGCCAUGUGAAUCAUUACAGGGUUGUGAUGACCUGAAGGCUCGGAACCUGGCGAGUGAGCUGGAGCGUAUCUUGAAGUCGCUUAUUGACGAACCGCAUUGCACGUUAGCCGACCACAACUCAAUUAUUAGUAACCACCACCUGCAGCAGAUCAUCUCGUGGAACAGCCAAGCGCCGUCGGAACCUCUCGAUACAAACAUCCCGACCCUUAUCCGCCAGCAGUGUUUGAUGCGCCCGAACUCUCAGGCAGUGUGCUCCUGGGAUGGUGAUUUGACCUAUCGAGAGCUGGACAGGCUCUCAUCCGUCGUGCAGGCCAAGCUGCGGGAUCGUGGAAUCGGACUUGGCGCCGUCGUUCCUCUGCAGUUUGAAAAGAGCAAAUGGACCCCCGUCGCUAUCUUAGGAGUGCUCAAGGCUGGUGCAGCGUUUGUCCUGCUGGACCCCUCAUAUCCUCGCAGCCGGACGGAAGCGAUUUGCAGAGAUAUAGAGGCCACGGUCAUCAUUUCCUCUGCUGAGCAACGCGCCGCUAGCUCCAGCCUCAUCGAGACAAUUAUUGUCGUGGACAACACCAUCAAAAAUGACGAAAGGAUACAUAUACCUCGUCAGGCACCUGUCAGACCCGAUGAUAUUGCCUACAUUGCAUAUACUUCGGGUUCAACAGGUGUACCAAAAGGAAUAAUGAUAGAGCAUGCUUCGUUUUGUCUGAAUUCAAUAUCGAGCAGCAACGCGCAUAAUCUCGACCAUUCCUCUCGAGUACUGCAAUUCGCAUCAUACGCAUUCGAUGUAAGCAUCCAUGAGAACCUAACUCCUUUGAUCCUGGGAGGAUGUGUCUGUAUACCCUCGGAAUCACAGCGCGUCAAUCAACUUCAAGAUGCAAUAGUUGGCCUCGGCGUGAACUGGAUGGAGCUGACGCCCUCUGUCGCACGACUCCUACGGCCGGAAGAUAUUCCAUCCGUGAAAACACUAGUACUUGGAGGAGAGGCUAUGCUUCCAGCAGAUAUAUCCAUGUGGAGCGAUAAAGUGCGUUUGGUAUGUGCCUAUGGCCCUGCUGAGUGUACUGUGGUGUCAACAGUCCUGUCAGAAGAUUGCCAGCCUGGAAACAUUGGCCGUUCAUACGCAGGGACAUGCUGGAUUGUGGAUAAAGAUAAUCAUCAUCAACUUGUGCCCAUCGGCGUUACGGGCGAACUAGUCAUUGGAGGUUUCAUUGUCGGUCGGGGGUAUCUGAAUCGACCUCAACAGACAGCUUCUGCCUUCAUCCAGAAUCCAGACUGGAUACCCAAGGUGUUCCCAAUGGGCGGUAACAUGAGGCUUUACAAAACAGGAGACCUUGCACGGUAUAACUCUGAUGGAACCAUAAUGUGCCAGGGCCGAAAGGACACUCAGGUGAAGCUUCAUGGACAGCGGAUUGAACUCGGUGAGGUGGAACAUCAUACACAGAAAUGGUUUCCUGACUCUGUCGUUGCUGCCGAAGUGGUUGUUCCCGCCAGUCAAAAAGAGAAAUCCCCGUCCUUGGUAUUGUUUGUUGCGGAAGAACAAGGCAUCCAGGAGCAUAUUGGUGAUUCAUUAGUUCGACCAUUAAAUGAGAACUUUCGAGUUAUUGCUCAGGAAAUGAAGGACAAACUGCGAGAUGAACUUCCAAGAUAUAUGAUACCCACAGCCGUGAUUCCUCUCGUCAAAAUGCCUCUUUCGCGGACCGGGAAGAUAGAUAGGAAGAUACUAAGGAAUGCAGUUGCAAACCUCCCAGAGUCAGACUUUCAGCAUUAUCGGUCCGCUCUUCAAAAAUCUUCCCUGAAGGAAAACAUGGGUUCGCGCAGCUUGAAAGCUGCACCUACCACAGAUUCUGAACGUCUUCUUCAAAAGUUAUACUCUAAGGUGCUUGGAUUGUCUGAAGAUGAAGUUGGAAGGGAGGACAGCUUUUUUGAACUCGGCGGAGAUUCGAUUAGUGCUAUUAUACUGGUUGGUAUGGCGAGAGAGGAAUACAACUUACAAAUCAAAGUUGCCUCGUUAUUUGCUGCUCCUACUAUAUAUGAGAUGGCACAAACCAUGGAAUUCGUUACUCAGGAUUCAAUGCAAAUUUGCGCUCCCUUUUCCAUGCUGAAGACAUCCGAAUUGCAAACAGUUACCGAACAGGCAAUUGAACAAUGUCAAAUCAGCAGAGACCAAAUUGAAGACAUAUAUGGUUGCACUCCACUGCAAGAAGGGCUCAUGUCUUGGAGUGCAAGGAAUCCCGGCUCUUUCCAGGCACGCUUCAUCUUUCGCCUCCCUGACACUAUUGAUACCCAAAAAUUCCACGAAGCCUGGUGUUAUGCCUUCAAUUCAACACCUAUAUUGCGCACUCGCAUCAUCCAGACGGAUACUUCUUUCCGAGCUCUCCAGGUAAUUGUCAGAGACAAAUUGAGAUGGUUUUUUUCCGAAGAUGGAGAUGUGGCAGCUGCAGAUCCCAUGUCUUAUGGAACCCCCCUUGUCAGAUGUAUCAUGAACAACAGUUGCCACCAGAAGAAUGAAGCUCCAAUAUUCACUCUGGAAAUGCACCAUGCGCUCUUUGAUAAAUGGAGUUAUGAACAAAUCUUACAGAUCGUUGAAGCAGCAUACGAGAGUAGGACGGUUGAAUUAUUCCCAUUUGCUCCGUUUGUUCACCACCUAUCGGCUGUAAAUCCUGAAUGUACCAAAACAUUCUGGAAGAACGAAUUCCAGAGCUUAAAAGCUCCAGUAUUUCCUCUCCGCAUGCCCGAGGGAUACGUACCUAGAGAAAUAGCAGUGGCCAGCAGGAGUGUUCCACUUGGAGCUUCAACUGGAGUGGGAGGGUUCACAGCAUCAACGCUAAUUCGGUUAUCUUGGGCAAUGCUGAUAGCGCAAGAUACUCAAUCAAACGACGUUGUCCAUGGCGCCACGGUAACAGGUAGAAAUGCACCUGUUGCUGGAAUUGAAAAGAUCGUUGGCCCAACAAUUGCAACUUUCCCAGUUCGUACUGUACUUGACCGGAAUGAUCCCAUCAAGGUGGCUCUAGGAAAAGUCCAAAACCAUGCCACGGCUCUGAUUCCUUUUGAGCAGACAGCUAUGCAGGGAAUUAGAACUUGCAGCCCUGAGGCAUCGACUGCCUGCGAUUUCCAGAGUUUGCUGGUGAUCCAGCCUUCCUCUAAGAAUAAUCAACAUCCUCAAACCUGGCUUCUAAAACUUGGAGAGUCGCUCGAGGACGAGACGAAGUUUUGCACUUAUGUUCUGACUGUGAUAUGUGAGCUUGACGUCGAGUCGGUGUCGGUACGAGCCAUAUUCGACGCUUCUGUUUUAUCACUGGACAAAGUGAACGCCAUGUUGGGACAAUUGGAAUACCUUUUAACUCGGCUGGUAGACUCUGUGGAUAGUCAAACAUUGGGUGAGGUGAUGGAUAUGUGUGAAUUUGGUUCUUCAGUUCACGACGAAUGCAAGGUGGAACAGCUAAAUUCCCAGAAAACCCGACUGGCAGCUAUAGAAGCAGCUGCCCGAAACCUCAUUGGGAACAGACAUGUGUAUGCAGAGAUGAUCACCCCCAAACUAAUGUCUAACCCAAGGUUAGCCCUUCUCGUGCCAUGCAAUGACCAGGGACCACAAAAGGGGGACAUUCCUCUUCCUAAUAACUCCUUUAUUUUAGCGUCUCCAAAUUCUGAUUCAAGGAAGACAUUGGCGCUCCUAAAGCGCCAGCUUCACACGGUGACCGAGUUCGUUGCCGCACCUCCCAUGUGUAUCCCACUUGGAUAUAUGUGGGAUAAUGGCAUCUGUGCACAAGGCCGCCAGAAUUUGAAGGAAGCUCUAACACGGCUGACUUCGAACGAAAUUGAAGCUUGGCUGCAGAAAUCAGGCCGCCAACAACCUAGAUCUGAAGCAGAAAGGAAGCUUGCAUCUAUUAUCUCCAGAGUCUUGCACUUGAAACCCGAAGAAGUCGGGGCCGACGAAGACUUCUUCGCUUUGGGAGGUGAUUCCAUUUCUGUGAUGCAAGUAGUGUCACAAUGUCAACGUGACAAGCUUUCAAUCACGGCAAUGGAUAUUUUUGAAGGAAGGACAGUGAGCCUCAUAACAGCGAGAUCAAAGCAGGCUGCCAAGCUGCCACCAUCAACGAACCUAGCAAGGUACAAGCGAACAAAACGAUUUGAGUGGGAGGUGGAAAAUCUUUUAGGGUCUUCAACUACUAUGAGCAUUAAAGAAGUAUACCCAUGCACACCGUACCACGAAGGACUAGUUAUUCCUCAAUUGGGGAACGAUGCAUAUGUCUCUCACACAAUAUGGAAAGUUGAAAGGAUAGGAUCAACAAAUCAAAUUGAUCCAGUCCAGCUUCAAAAGGCGUGGUAUCAACUCGCACAGCGCCAUGCUGCUUUGCGGACGAUAUUAGUUGAGGCUGCCCUUGAAGGUAUUGAAGGCGGGACCUUGACGCAUGUUGUACUCAAUUCAUAUCCUCGCGAAGUGAAAAUACUUUCCUGCACAGAUGAUGAAGCCAUGCGCGUCCUACGUCACCCAACGUUGAAUUUGAGGGAUAACGCUGGCCCUGUUCUUCCACAUGUCUUUUCUAUCUGCCAAACCAAUACUGGCCAAGUGUAUUGCAAGAUGGAAGGCAAACAUGCCAUUAUCGAUGCAGUCUCCGUGAUAUUACUUAUCAAAGAACUUGCACUAGCGUACGAGGGAAAGCUCCCACCUAGGCAAGGGCUCGAGUAUAGCUCUUGGGUCUCAUAUGCCCUCUCUCUACCCGACUGCAUGGACUUCUGGCUCGAAUACCUUGCUGAUGCAAAGCCAUGCCACUUCCCGCGGCUGCCGAGAGAAAUACAGCCCGUUACGGACUUUCUUAACUCAGUGGAAGUGAGCCUGGGGCAUCCUAGCCCGCCGAGAAAGCUGUGUGCUUUGAACGGCUUAACGAUUACCAACCUGCUCCAGAUUGCCUGGGGUGUCGUACUUCGACAGCACACUGGCUCUGACGAUGUGUGCUUUGGGACCUUGGCGACGGGCAGAGAGGCACCGCUACCGGGAGUACAUGACAUUGUCGGUUCUAUAUUCAAUGUUCUUGCAUGUCGGCUCACUCUAAGUGAGAAUAUGUCCUUAAGAGAAUGUCUGCAAGAGAAUCAGGUCGCGAUGGCAAACCGUUUAUCCAACCAGUACUGCUCACUGUUCGAGGUGAUGCAGCGUAUAGACAGCACCGGAUCUUUGUUCAACACCUGUCUAUCAGUAGAACAGCCGUUGUCCAACAGCAACCAGAAGGAACCGGGCGUCCACUUUGAAGCACUUGAGACCCGGGAGGCUACGGAGUAUGACAUUGUCACUGUGGUCACUGUUGGAGAAGCAGAGAUGACGGCAAACAUAACCUACUGGUCAUCCGUCCUAACCAGGGAGCAGGCCAUCGCCGUCGGACGGGAAUUCCGGCUUGCCAUCUCGACAAUCACCGAGCAUAUUCGGUAA